CAACGUCAUAUUUGGCGCCGAAUACUUGAGGCGUUACGUGAAGAUUCUGUUCAUCCUCAUUAGAUGAAGUAACGUAACUAUGUCAAUCCAGGCCUUUUCCUUCCCUGUACCUGAAACCAGAUUUUUUCAGGCCGGACAACAAGUCUUCAAAUUCAAGAUAAGACGAGGAGAAAUGAGCAACAUUGAUAAGGAGGACAUGCUGGAGGGGAUGCUAGUCACUGAGGAGCUGGAGAAUGCUGUGCGUGCAGUACUUGCAAACCUGGAUGGUCUUCACCCCUUCGCAACCCAGCAUUUCAACAUUUUUCCCUACAAAAGUAAAUGGGAACAAGUGUCUAAAAUGAGGUUCAUGAAGGAGGGUGUAAAACUGUCUCCGUACCCCUUCCUUAUCACACUGUAUGUGGAGGAUCGUGAGCCAGCCUUUCAAUGCGCAGUGACAAAUACCAAUUCCUGGAGCACACCGGACUCUAUAUCGAAAAGACCACAGUGUGCUAGUGAGCCAAUGAGGACAGUCCAAACCACUGCAAUGGGCCAUCCAGAAGAGGGCACUAUGAGCCAACACAAGCAGAGUAAACCAACCACAGAAAACUCUCAGUGCUUUCAGGAGUCCCAUUGCUCGGCCAAUGGUGCAGAAGCGAUGGUUUGUGGCAGUGAGAUUCAUGCUGAUUCAGAUGUGAAUUGUCUACCAGCACCAGAUGUGUAUGAUGGUAAAUUGCGUAUUCAACCUAUCAGUAGACCUCCUACUCCGCACUGGAGCCCCUGA